AUGGAGAUGCCAAGUGUUGUAGUCCGACUAGCAUGUGGCGAAUGCUCGCUGUUGGUAAAUCCCCAAGGGACGCUUUUGAGCAAGACGUUUGUGAGUCCGAUCCUUUCUGUUCGGGCGUUGCUAGCUCUUGGCUACAAGGUGGAGUGGGAUUCUUCUCGUUGUAGAAUUUGGCAUCCUUCGCGGGGUGUAUUGGAUACGGAUGUUAGCACUGGUUGCCCGGAAAUCUCUGAGCAGAAGGCCUUGGAACUUAUCGGGGAAUAUGAGGCUUUGGUGCAGCGCGGGGAGAGUCGUUGUGCACGACUGCACUGUUUGAUGAAGGAUUUAGCUGGAUUGAGUAAUGCUGAGCUUGCUGAUGUGAUUGUUCGUCGGGAUGUGCACUCAGACGCAGCUGUAAAGAAGCUGGUUGAGAAAGUGUUUGGGGAUACGCCUAGUGAUUUGAGGGAGCAGGCGGUUGCAUCUGUGCAAGAUCCAGCUGGUGAGUCUUUCACAUGGAACAGAAGGAUGCGGAGGAAGUUUGAGCGUGCGAAAGGCCUAGUUGUUCAUCUGUUCUGUGGUGAGGGCAGAAAGGCUUUUGAUCGAGUGUCCGAGAAACACGGGCUAAUCCAUGUGCCGGUUGACACAGCCGAAGACCUGUUGGCGGAAGGUACCUAUCAGUAUUUGCUCAGGCAGGAUUGGUUAGAAGAAGCCAAAACUCAGUUUCUUCCGAAAGUGGAGAUGAUAGACUUCGUAUACACUGAAGCUGUGGAUUCGAAGAAGCAACAAGUCGUUGCAGGUGCCAUUAGCCGUAUGUACGCACGAGCAAUAUCAGACGGGUUGAGCGUCCAACGUAUCCAUACGGACAGGGGAAAGGAGUACCGGAACUCCGCAUUGGAUGCCUUCUGUCAAAAGCUCGGAGUUCAUCAUACAUAUGCAAUGGCAGAGGAACACCAGACCAAUGGUCGCGCGGAGGGGGCUAUAUUGAAGAUCAAAAAUCGAACGAGGGCGAUCCUCGAAGGAUCAGGGCAAGAUGAUCUUUCAGAGUGGCCAUUGGCGGCGAAAUUGGCGUCGUAUCACUUGCGAUCUGAAGCUCGCAAGAAGUUGCGGAUGCCGUGUGAGCCGACAGUCGUGGCGGCGUGGAGUUUGGAGUUCGAGAACUACCACGGCUGUCACAAAAUGUCCCUCUUCGGAAACUUCGAGGGGGUGGGUGGUGAAAACGGCCGAGGGUCCUUGUAUGAAGCAGGCAGUUGGGAGCCAAAGGACGUGGCGUCCCUUGCAGUUGCCAUGUCGAAGCACGUACAACAGGUAGAAGCCGUGCUAGAGGGAACCAUGAGUCAUCAGGUGUUGAACGAGAGUUGUGGCUCAGGGUUGAUUGGUGACACGGGCGAGGCUUCAGGUCUUGAGAUUCUUCCACCUCCGCGACCCAAGGCUACUGUUAGCGAAGAGUUUCCUGAGUGGUGUCCAGCUGGUGUGUACAUAGCUUGCCUUGUUGCGGAACUUCGGGCGCUUUACAUGAAGCUUCAAGGUGAUGAGGCGGAUACCUGCUCAGGUGAGGCUCAAAAGGGCCAUGGGGAAGUGGAUGCUUCGGUUUCUGGUGAAGCUGUAGGGUGCUCAGACUUUGAGUGGGAUGAUGACUCUCAGGAUGUCAAGAUGUACCAGGUGCCAGAUUGCAUCAAACCACUGCGUCCAUGUCAUUCGUCGGAUGUUGGGGAUAGCUGCUACACACUGGAGCGAGUGGAUUGGCCUAUGUGUGUCAACGUAGCUGAUGAGAUGCAGGAGUUGGCUGAGGUGCAUAGGGCCAUGUGCAGCUUGUUGGAUGGGCAGUCUGAGGAAGUAGAUGGCCAGUGUUGCAGUUGUGAGGCUCAGUGGCUUGACGAAGUUCAGGGUUUGGAGCAAGAGCUUCAGAGGAUGAAGGGAUUAGAAGAUAGUCUGCUGUUGUCCUCCGAGGGUCCAAUUCUUAAAAGUAUUGAACUGUGUGUGGACAAUGAGGUGGAGGCUGAGGCCUGCCAGUUAGACAGGAAGAGCGAGGAGUGCAUGCUGGGAUCCGGGAGUCUAAAGGCUGUUCAAAUGGACGAUGAUGAUCCACCACCUCUUCAGUCGAAGAUUGUAGCGCAGGACCAGGUUCGACGUGAGCUUGGUAAGUGGCGUGGAUCUAUGGGGGAGGAAGUAGAGUCGUUAGUUCAGAAGACUGAAGCAGUUGAAGACUUGACAGACGACCAGUAUCACAAGCUGGUGGCGGAUCCAGGCGUGCAUGUGGAACUGAUUCCAGGAAAAAUGGUGUAUGUUUGGAAAUCCACUGGACGUCGUAGGGCGAGAAUGGUGGGAUGUGGCAACUUCUGUGACAACGAUGGCAGCACUCAGAAGGCAGAUCUUUUUGCGAGUGGGGCUGGUGCGGAGUCCAUUCGAAUGAUGAUCCGCAAGUGUACUCUGGAACCAUCUUGGCAUCUGGUCUCGGUUGAUGUGAAAACAGCUUUUCUCCAGGCGCCGCUUAUGGAAAUGCAGAAGGAUGGUAAGGAGAAGGUCACAGUCGUUAAAGUUCCGAGCAUAUUAAGGGAAGCGGGUGUUACUGCUACCAAGUACUGGAAAGUCAAGAAAGCUCUUUAUGGUCUGAACUCGGCGCCGCGCUCGUGGAGCCUUCAUAGAGACCGGGUGAUGACGGAUCUUCGGAUUGAGUAUGGUGAUGGCAUCUUGAGGCUUCGAAAGCUAAAGGAGGACGCCAAUCUCUGGCAGAUUCUCAAGUAUCCACGGGAGGGCAGAGAUCCUGAGAAAGAAGCCGGUGAAGCAGGAGGACAGUGCCUCGGGAUUAUAGCCUUGUACGUGGACGAUAUCUUAGUUGCGUCGGAAAAGGACGUUGCCCAAGCUGUAGUUCGCGGACUGGAAUCAAAUUGGGAAUUGUCAACCCCGGACUGGGUGUCGGAGGAAGGAGAUUGCUUGAAGUUUGCAGGCUUCGAGCUGGAAAAAACCAGUCAAGGGAUUCGUCUUCAUCAGGAGAGCUACACCAAGGAUAUCCUAGAACAGUACCAAGACACAAUCCCGGGUGUGGAACGUACACCAGCUGUCAAGACUGUUGAAAGUGAGGAACCGGUGGAUCGUUCGGAACAGCUGGAGUGGACGAAACGUGCACAAUCAUUGAUUGGACAGUUGCUCUGGCUUGCGGGGAGGACCCGUCCUGACAUUGCUUAUGCUGUGAAUCUUGCUGCUCAGAGGAUAGUGCCAUCUCCGGGUGAGGCGGUUGCUCGCGCAGAACACUUGAUCAGGAGCGCUGAUAUUCUGGGCCUCGUGCAGGCAGACUCUCAUAGCGUCCCAUACUGCUGA